CCACCAUCUUUCUCCUCCACUAAGCAGUCAACAUGGUCUACAAGGUCGCUGAUGUCUCUCUUGCUGCUUUCGGUCGCAAGGAGAUUGAGAUCGCUGAGAAUGAGAUGCCCGGACUGAUGAAUAUGCGCCAAAAGUACGGCGAGUCCAAGCCUCUCAAGGGCGCGCGCAUCGCUGGAUGCCUUCACAUGACCAUCCAGACCGCCGUCCUCAUCGAGACUUUAACCGCCCUGGGCGCUGAAGUUACCUGGUCUUCCUGCAACAUCUUUUCCACUCAGGACCAUGCCGCAGCAGCUAUCGCUGCCACCGGCGUCCCUGUCUUUGCCUGGAAGGGCGAGACCGAGGAGGAGUACACGUGGUGUAUCGAGCAGAGUCUGGCGGCUUUCCCCGACGGCCAGUCUCUCAACAUGAUCCUCGACGACGGUGGUGACCUCACCACUAUCGUCCACGAGAAAUACCCUCAGUACUUGAAGAACGUCCGUGGUCUUUCGGAAGAGACCACCACUGGUGUUCAUCAUCUCUACAAGAUGUUCCGUGAUGGCAAGCUUAAGGUUCCUGCUAUCAACGUCAACGAUUCCGUUACCAAGUCCAAGUUCGACAACCUCUACGGCUGCCGCGAGUCGCUGGUCGACGGUAUCAAGCGUGCUACUGAUGUCAUGCUUGCUGGUAAGGUCGCUGUCGUCGCUGGUUUCGGCGAUGUCGGCAAGGGUUGCGCGGAGUCCCUGAGGUCCUACGGUGCUCGUGUCAUUAUCACCGAGAUCGACCCCAUCAAUGCUCUCCAGGCCGCGAUGGCUGGUUACGAGGUUACCACCAUGGAGGAGGCCGCUCCUCGCGGUAACGUCUUCGUCACCACUACCGGUAACCGGGACAUCCUCGUCGCGAAGCACUUCGAGGUUAUGCCCGAGGACGCCAUCGUUUGCAACAUCGGCCACUUCGACGUCGAGAUCGAUGUCGCUUGGCUGAAGAAGAACGCGAAGCAGAUCGUCAACGUCAAGCCUCAGGUUGACCGCCUCACCAUGCCCUCUGGUCGCCACAUUAUCCUCCUUGCUGAAGGCCGCCUCGUCAACCUGGGCUGCGCUACCGGCCACCCCUCGUGGGUCAUGUCGUGCUCAUUCACCAACCAGGUCCUCGCGCAGAUUGCGCUCUGGACCAACACCAAGCAGUUCCCCCUCGGCGUGCACAUUCUCCCGAAAGAACUCGAUGAGGAGGUUGCCCGGGCGCAUCUCGGGUCGCUCAACGUCAAACUCACGACGCUCAGCAAGGAGCAGGCCUCUUACCUCGACCUGCCCGUCAACGGCCCAUACAAGCCCUCGCACUACCGCUACUAAAUGGCGAAUACUUCAUCGUGUACGCGACGUGCAGGAGCGGCCUCAACGAGCCCUUUAACCGAUGACUGAUGGGCGGGAUCUUAACAUCCCCUUCGCUGGGAAGACAGGAUUUCAACGCUCCUGUGUGCAUGGUCAGGUCCGGGCGCCGGCGAUGUGUCUUAUGACUAUCGUCGUAGAUGGAGAUGGCCGCGGGUGGUGGUGGUAGUCGGGGCCUCAACGUGCCCGAGUGUAGCCAUAUGAUUGUAGAAGGUGUAUGAAUUACAUAGAGUGGAUCCCUGCAAGAGCCAUAUGCCGUAUCGAGUGACCGCGCGCGAUGGGCUAGCUGUUUCAA